AUGGCCGACGUCGACAUGACCGACGCUCCCAGCAGCUCCGUUGUUGCCAGUAAGCGCAAGGGCGGUGACGCCGAUUCCAAAUACGACGGCAAGAAGCGAUUCGAGGUGAAGAAGUGGAACGCCGUCGCCCUUUGGGCCUGGGACAUCGUCGUCGACAACUGCGCCAUCUGCCGAAACCACAUCAUGGACUUGUGUAUCGAGUGCCAGGCCAACCAGGCUUCCGCUACUAGCGAGGAGUGCACUGUGGCCUGGGGCAUCUGCAACCAUGCUUUCCACUUUCACUGCAUCUCGAGAUGGUUGAAGGCACGACAGGUCUGCCCGCUGGACAAUCGCGACUGGGAAUUCCAGAAGUACGGUCGUUAG